AUGAAAAAUUCAAAUUAAUUUAUAUCCGGAAGUAGGGAUAAAACUAUAAUUAUAUGGGAAAUUAAGAAUAAUUAAUGGUAGAUUUAAUAAUAACUUAAUGGACAUACAGAUUAUAUUCUUCAUAUAAUAAUGAAUAAUAAAGAAGAUCUUAUUAUAUCUGCCAGUUAUGAUAGAACUAUUAAAUUUUGGGAGAAACAACAUAAUUAAUGGAAACUAACUUAAACAAUAUCUAAUUUUAAUUUAGUAUAUAGUUUCAGUUUGAAUGAAUCUCAAAAUUAAUUUAUAUCUUCUAAUUUUGAUAAUUCAAUAAUAGUGAUGGAAUAAUAAGGAAAUGAUAAAAAAUGGGUUUAAAUAUAAAAAAUUGAAUUAGAAACUUUCUGUUAUCUACUUAGUUUUAUUGGUGAUAAUCAAUUUACAUUUUAACCUGAUAGUGGUUAAUAUAUGAAUUUAUAUGAAUGGAAUAACUUGACUAAAGAAUAUGUAAAAACUAAAGAUAUUCUAGUAUAAUCAGGUGAUAAUUUAGAUGAUUUCUUGUUAUUUCCUUAACAAUUUAUAAAGGAGAAAUCUAUCUUAAUUAAUAGAUUUGGUAAAGUUGUAAAUGUGAUUAAAAAGAAUUAAAAUGGAGAAUUUAUUAAUUUAUAAUCAAUUCUAUUUUAAAGUAAUUUGUUAUUUAUAUGGAUCAGCAACUGA